UCCCCUCUGCUCCGGGCUGAGCACUUCAGCCCGGGGAGCCACUGGCUCUCCUGGCCACCCCUUGCCAUGGCAGGGCAGGGGACAACCACUGGACUUGCUGGUGAUUUCUCCUCCUUUCCAGCCCGAGGCCGGUGCCUAUGAGACUUGGCUAUGGGAGAGGGUGCCGGGGGCUUGGGAUUGCUGUGAGGACCGCUCAGGGAUGGGGGGGCAGCCGUGCCGGGGUGGUGGGGUGGUGGGCUCGGCCAGCAGUCUGCUGCUGCUGGGCUGCUCUGCUCUCCACCUGCCAGCCCUGUGGUGGUACCUCUGCCUCUGCACCGAUGCCCAGGAGGUGGCCACCUUCACGGUGCAGUACCGGGUGCUGGAGGAAGUGCCACCUGGAACGGUGAUAGGGACGCUGGCCCAGCACUUGGAAGGGGAUGAGAGCGGAGAAACGGCCGACACCUUCCAGCUGAUGGAGACCCCAGGGAGGUUCCCACUGCACGUGGGGAGUGGAGACGGGGUGCUCAGCACGGCCGGGCGGGUGGACAGGGAGCAGCUGUGCCGGCACAGUGAUCCCUGCUGGGUCUCGUUCAACGUGCUGGCUGCCCGAAAUCUGGCUCUCAUUCACGUGGAGGUCCAAGUGCUGGACAUCAACGACCACGCACCCCGGUUCCCCAUGCCCCAGCUGGAGCUGGAGAUGUCGGAGAGCGCGUCCCUGCAGACCCGGAUCCCUCUGGACCGAGCUCUGGAUGCCGACGCCGGCCCCAACGCCCGCUGCUCCUACGCCCUCUCCAGCAGUGAGCACUUUGCUCUGGAGGUGAUCUCCAGCUCUGAUGGGACCAGGCACGCGGAGCUGGUGGUGGUUAAAGAAGUGGACCGGGAGCUGCACUCCUCCUUUGACCUCGUCCUGACAGCCACUGACCAGGGGGAGCCGCCCAAAUCAGGUACUGCUUUAAUUAAAGUCAUUGUCCUUGACUCCAAUGAUAACAGCCCCAUCUUUGCAGAGAGCUCUUUGACAGUAGAAGUUUGGGAGGAUGCUCUGCCCGGGACCCUCCUUGUGACAGUCACAGCCACUGACCCCGACCAGGGCCCCAACGGGGAGAUCGAGUACAGCCUGAGCAGGCACGCUCCUCCGGAGGUGCUGAGCGCCUUCGCCAUCGAUGCCCGCACGGGCAGCCUCAGCCUGAGGCACCCACUGGACUACGAGGAGACCCACACCUACGAGCUGGACGUGCAAGCCCGGGACCUGGGGGCCAACCCCAUCCCAGCACACUGCAAGAUCCUGAUCAAAGUCCUGGAUGUCAAUGACAACGCUCCCGAGGUCCACGUCACCUGGGCUGCUCGGGCACCUGUGCUCUCUGAAGCCCUCCCCAAAGACAGUUUUGUGGCUCUGGUGACAGCCAGCGACCCCGAUUCGGGCAGCAACGGGCAGGUGCAUUGCUCCCUCAGCCAAGGGUAUGAGCACUUCAGGCUGAAGAAGACCAACAGCCACAGCUACGUGCUGAUGACCAAUGCCACGCUGGACAGGGAGCUGCAGGAUGAGUACAACCUGACACUGGUGGUGCGGGACCACGGAGACCUCUCCCUGGCUGUGCUGAAGCACCUCACUAUCUGCAUCAGUGAUGUCAAUGACAAUGCUCCAUCCUUCGAGAAGGCCACCUACGAGGUUGCUGUUGCUGAGAACAGUGAAGCACCUGCCUUCCUGCUCACCAUCCAGGCCACUGACCCUGAUCUGGGUUUCAAUGGGAAAAUCACCUACAGCAUCCCAGACUCCUCCACUUUGGGUCUGGUUUCGAUUGACCCCAUCACUGGGGACAUUUUUGCCCUCCAAGCUUUUGAUUACGAGCAGAUGAGCAGCCUGGAGUUCCUGGUGACUGCAGAGGAUGGUGGUUACCCCAAGCUGGCAUCCAACAUCACCAUCAGGGUGGCUGUGCUCGACCAGAAUGACAACGCGCCCGUCAUCACUGCACCGGCACUGGUGGGAGGUGCAGCCACCCUCUCCAUCCUGGUCAACGAGGAGACAGGGUGCUUCUGGGUGGCCCCUGGGAAUGGGAGCUCCCAAGGGAUGGCAGCAGUGACCAAUGCAACGCUCGCAUCAUGCGCCAGUCCUCCCUUCCUCUUCAUCAUCUCAGCCAGGGACGUGGACUCUGGCACCAAUGGGGCUCUCCGGUAUGAUCUGGUAGGUGGGGAUGACUCCGGGCUCUUCAUCCUACACCCUCUCUUGGGGCAGGUCUUCCUCAACACCACCAACGCCAGCAGCCUGGCGGGCAGCGAGCGGGAGCUGGUGGUCCGGGUGAGCGAUGGGGGGGAUGUCCCCCUGCACACCCUGGCCCGGGUCCGUUUGGUUUUCCGGCAUCACGGGGCCUUCUCCAAAAUCUCAGCCUGGGAGCCGGGCUGGCCGAGCCCCUCGGUGGUGACCCUUAUCUGCCUGGCUGCUCUCCUGGGUGGGUGCCUCCUCCUCUUGGCUUUAACCCUGUCGAUGCGUAAGAAGGAGAAGAAGGAUGGCAUGGCCUACAACUGCAGGGAGGCAGAGGACGCCCGCAGGCAGCAGCAGCUCAAGAAGCCCCACAGGCAGAUCCAGAAGACCGACAUCCACCUUGUCCCACUGCUCCGGGGCCGGCCCCGGGAGGCUGAACACCCCCGUCCCUACCAGGAGGAUCUACCCCCUGUGCCGGGGGGCUCUCCGCAGGCUCCCCUCCACUUCACCCCCACUCUCUACAGGACCCUGAGAAAUCAGAGGACCCAAAAAGACUCAGAUGAGCAGUCGGGGACCUUCAACCCACCUGUCCUGCAGCGCCGGCCCUGCCAGCCCCACAGACCGAAAAAUGUGGCCAAAGAGGCUGCAAGCCCCCUGGAUGCACCACAGCACUGCAGGAGCUUGGUGAGGCCACCUCAGGGGGCUGUGGGAGAGCCCCUGCUGCCACCUGGACAGCCCUUGGGGCAAGGGGAACCUGAGCAGGCCCAGCCCCACCAGCACAUCAUCAGGAGCCUGGUCCGGCUGUCACUGGUGGCACUGGCAGAGCAGAGCCCCACAGGGGAGUUCUCCAUGGAGUCACCCCCAGUGCAGCAAAUCUCCCAGCUGCUCUCCCUGCUGCACCAGGGCCAGUUCCAGCCCAAAACAAACCACAGGGGAAACAAAUACACAGCCAAGAACGGCAGCAGGGCUGCAGGGCUGGACACCGACUGCCUGAGCACGAAGGACAGCGGGCACGGCGAGAGCGAGGCUGAGGACAGGGACUCUGAGAGUGGCUUUGAGCUCUCUGUGCAGCAGCUGGUGGGAGAGGAGCUGGAGACCCUGCUGGAGCCACAAGCAGAGCUGGCCCUCAAGAGGCUGACAGCUGCUGACCCAGCGUGGGUGGCUCGGCUCUCCCUGCCCCUCACCCCCAGCUACAAGGACAACGUCUUCUCCCCCGACGCUCUGCAGUCCCCUCAGGACGAGGAAGCUGCCAGGCAGGAGAAACCAAGGACCUUUGAGACCUUUGGCAAAGGUGCUGGGGCUGACUCACAUGCUGCUGGGACAAGACUGGCCAGCACCUUCCUUUCAGAAAUGAGCACCCUCUUUGAAAUGAUUUUGUCCCAGAAGGUCCAAGUCCACAAUGAAACGGGCUCGGGGCUCCUGCGGCAGCUGUCAGCACGUGGGAAGAGCCUGGGACUGGAAGACACUGCUCCUGGUCUGUAGGCAGCUUGGUGGCUGUGGUAAGGAGAGAAGAAUCAGAUAGAGCUUUUGGGUAUUUUGGGGGCACAUGUGACAGGGUUAUUGUCAUCCAUGGGACAUCCAUGUCUAGACUGAUCAGGACAGGCAUAUUUCUUCCUUUGCCUCACCUCAUUACAUUUCUCCACGAGUGAUUUCACCUUGUUUAGUUCCCUUCUACCUGCCCGUUCCUUCCUUUCCCUAGGUUUUCCUCCUCUUCCACCCUCAUCUUUCACCUUACCAUCCCACUCGAGUCCCCCACCAGCAGGAAUGUGCUCUCCUCCCAGGACAGGCUGAUCCAGGGGAGGUGUUAGACUAAGCACAGCACAAGGCAGUCAGCUGCAUCCACGUGAUCACAGGCUCUGCACCAUGGAUGAUAAAAUAUCACAGUCAUGGACUUUGCAACAUGCUGCAGAGCCAGGCUCCGGGAUCUCGGUUCUUAUUUAAAUAAAAUUGUGUUUUUUUC